GACAAGCUGAUCAGUACCACCAGCACAACUAUGGACGACUUCACAUAUGAAUAUUACACUUAUGACUAUGAGGACUACAAUGACUCCACCACCAGCAUGUAUCUGGACCUGAACACUUCAGACUGGUGUGACCCUGGUGACCACGAACUCACGAUCAAAGUCUUCCAGAGCUGCUUCUUCUGCCUCAUCUUCUUCACAGGGGUUAUUGGAAACUGUCUCGUCAUCGCCACAUUUUCUCUGUACCGACGUUUUCACCUCCGUUCGAUGACAGAUGUGUUUUUGCUUCACUUGGCGCUAGCUGACCUCCUCUUGCUCCUCACAUUACCCUUGCAAGCCACCGACACUCACCUGGGUUGGAUUUUUUCGAGUCCCCUUUGCAGACUUACCAGAGCCUGCUACGCUAUCAACACAUAUAGCGGGUUAAUGCUGUUAGCUUGCAUUAGUGUCGACCGGUACAUGUUGGUAGCGAAGGCCCAGGAGAUGCUAAGAUUGCGGCAGCAGAUCUUAACAGGUGGCAAGAUAGCUGCAGUUUGUGUUUGGCUAAUUGCGGUGCUUCUUAGCCUUCCUGAAAUUCUGUAUUCUGGAGUCUCAGCCGGACAUUAUUGCGGCAUGCAAAUUAGUGGGAAGGUAAAAAAGGCAACAAAUGGUGCCAUCAUUGUGAUUUUCUGUGUAGCCUUUUUGGUGAUGGUGACAUGUUACUCUUCAAUAGCUAAAGUUUUGUGUGAAGGUCGGAAAUUUAAUCGAGGUAAACAAUGGCAUGGCCAACGAACUCUGAAAUUAAUGGUCUGUCUUGUAGUCGUUUUUGUCCUAUUUCAGUUGCCCUACACUGUGGUACUCUUGCACAAAAUGGCCGUGCCCUUCUGUGGACUGCUCCUUGAAUACAUCACCUGUACAUUAGCAUACAUGCGCUGUUGUUUAAACCCGAUCCUCUACGCUUUAGUUGGGGUGCGCUUCAGAAACGAUGUUGUUAAACUGAUCUCGGACUGUGGGUGUCCAUGUGGACCCAAAGGCAUGGCUCACACUCUUAGCUCCACCUCCAUGUCUCCUCCUCUGGCCGUCAGCUCACCUUGUUCACCCAUGUCUCCAGACAGAAGCACAAACAGCACCAGUGACUCCACAAAAUUCAAGUUCCCAAAUAGCAAAAACAGUUCUGGAGCCAGCCACCAGAGGGCUGUUAAACGGUGACAUUUUCAGGACUCUUGACUGUA